AUGUCUACGUCAUCAUCGGUUAUGAACUCCUUUCAUUUCAUGAGGCCCUGUUCAAUCUUCCGUCGUUUCCUCCUGAGCUUCUCUGCUUCUUCCUCUUUCUUCUUGUUGGAGUAUAGCAUUUUAUCCAACAAUUUACGCUUCUUCCUGCUAAGCAUCAUCUUUUGCCGUUCAAGUUCUUCUUCAGCCUUCUUCUUUUCGGCGGCGUACUUCUUGGACUUGGCCCCCUGGCCUUUCUUCGAUUUCUUAGUCGACUCAGGCUCGUUUACUGGUUGGAGACCCAAUGCUUCGGCUUCAAGCUCCCUUUGGUGUUGUUUCUGUGCGGCAUCACCUUCAUCCUCAGAUUCUUCGUCGAGUUCUGGUUCCUCGUCAAAGCCGCCAAAAGAUUCCUCCGCUUCCACUUCGCUGUCGUCUUCUUCGUCAUCAUCUGAGUUUGCAAUUUCCAUACCACCAUUUAGUGAUUCUUUGUCUGACUCUUCCCCGUCGACGGCAUCUUCCUCUUCAUCUAUUUCCGCAGUGGCUUCAUUUUCCUCCUCUUCCUCCUCGCUCUCCUCCUCUUCCUCGGCAGCUCUCUCAGCCUCGCCCUCUGCUUCUUGA